AUGCCGAUUGCUCCUUCCUUGUUGUCAUCGUCUUCCUCAGUCUCUCAGUUUCUUCCAAAAUUCCCCAACCCGACCAGGUUCAAUGUAACUUCACGGAGCAGAGUCGCCACCGUCGUAGCGGCAUCCGUCACCGACAUAGCCGGCGUGGACAGCACAACCAUCGCCGUACUCGGAGGCGGCUCAGUAGCAGCCCUCGCGGCGAUGGUCUCCCUGACGGAUCCGGAGAGGAGGAGGAAAUUGCAGGCGGAGGAAGUGGGAGGAGGCGACAAGGAGGUCGUGAGGGAGUAUUUCAACAGCACCGGGUUCGAGAGGUGGAGGAAGAUCUACGGCGAGACUGACGAAGUCAAUCGUGUACAGAAGGAUAUAAGACUCGGCCACGCCAAGACGGUGGAGAACGCCAUGCUUAUGCUGACGGAAGAAGGCUCGUUGGCCGGCGUCACGGUCUGCGACGCUGGUUGCGGAACCGGAUUACUCUCAAUUCCACUUGCUAAGGAAGGAGCUAUCGUCUCUGCUAGCGAUAUCUCCGCAGCUAUGGUUGCUGAAGCUGAGAUGAAGGCGAAGCAGCAACUACCAGAAGAGAAUCUACCAAGAUUUGAAGUGAAUGAUUUAGAGAGCUUAAGUGGGAAGUAUAACACAGUCGUGUGCCUAGACGUGCUGAUACAUUAUCCUCAAAACAAAGCAGACGGAAUGAUCGCACACCUCGCUUCUUUAGCAGAGAAGAGAGUGAUUCUGAGUUUUGCACCAAAGACAUUUUACUAUGAUAUAUUGAAGAGAAUAGGAGAGCUUUUCCCAGGUCCUUCAAAGGCUACAAGAGCUUAUCUACACUCGGAGGCAGAUGUUGAAAGAGCAUUGCGUAAGGUCGGAUGGAAAAUCAGCAAGAGAGGACUCACUACCACACAGUUCUACUUUUCUAGGCUCAUCGAAGCUGUUCCAAUGUAG